CUACUCCUCCUCCCCAUUCACAUAUCACCAUCACCAAGGCGGCAGCAGCAGCACCACCACGACUGCCACCCUCCUCCUCCUCCUCCUGAGUUCUGAAGCCUUCAUCUUUCUCGGUCCAACCGCAUAUUCUCAGAUUUCUGUCAUUUUUGCAUGGCCUUUAGCUUGCUAGCACAUGUGGUGUCUGACCUCUGCCUGGGGAAGCCUGCUCUGAGGUCUCUCUCCAUUUCUGCCACCGUCGGCGAGGCCUUGUCGGCGCUCAAGACGUCGGAGGACAGCUUUAUCAGUGUAUGGAGCUGUGACCACUCUGCUAAUAUCCAGGACGAGUGUCGGUGUGUUGGAAAGAUUUGCAUGGUAGAUGUUGUGUGCUAUCUCUGUAAAGAUGACAACCUGUUGUCCCCAUCUUCUGCAUUGAAGUCACCCGUCUCUGACCUCUUGCCUAACAUUCCAGGCCUGGUGAUGCAUGUGGAGCCACACUCGAGCUUAUUGGAAGCAAUCGACCUGAUUCUCCAAGGUGCCCAGAACUUGGUGGUUCCGAUUCGGAGCAGCAUCAGCAACAGCUCAAGGAGGAAACUGUAUCAAAAGCCCCAAACCAGUCCGACCACCAUGCAUAAGGGCUGUGAAUACUGCUGGCUAACUCAAGAAGAUGUGGUCCGAUACCUCCUCAGCUCAAUCGGCCUUUUAUCCCCCAUCGCCGCCCUUCCCAUCGACACGCUCAGGAUCAUCGACACUGACGUAUUAGCCAUCAACUACCACUCCCCAGCCUCCUCAUCGCUCCCUGCAAUCCUGCGCUCCCUCAGGGACCAAACUUCGGUUGCAGUCGUCGACGAAAAUGGAGCUCUGAUAGGCGAGAUAUCGCCCUUCACCCUCGCCUGCUGCGAUGAAACUGUGGCGGCCGCCAUCACCACCCUCUCCUCCGGGGACCUCAUGUCCUACAUAGACUGCGGAGGCCCGCCGGAGGAGAUGGUCAAGAUGGUGAAAACCAGGCUGAAGCAGAGGAACCUGGAGGGAAUGUUGGAGGAAUUCGCCCUCGAUUCAUCUUCAACUUCAUCUCUGUCAUCCUCUUCUUCGGAUGAGGAGUCCUCGCCCUCCCCCAAGACUGCAUUGUCCCGUCCAGGGAAGUACAGUAGGUCCAGCAGCUACUCAGCCAGGAUGGUGAGAAGGGCUGAGGCCAUUGUCUGCCAUCCAGGGAGCUCGCUGGUGGCAGUGAUGAUUCAGGCCAUUGCCCAUCGGGUGAAUUAUGUUUGGGUGAUAGAAGAUGAUUGUUGUUUGGCUGGUAUUGUCACAUUUUCUUCCAUGCUGAAAAUUUUCCGGGAACAUUUACAAUCCAUGGCAUAGAGUUAGGGGGUCCAGUCACUGUAUUGUGGGGCUUGCUUCCCUAACAUGCUGAGAUUUAUAUGGAAAACUAAAGGGUUGUAAUGGUGUGAAUAUUGAGACCUUUAUUUAUUGGUUUUUUUUUGGGGGGGGGGGGGAUGGGGGAGGUCUUAAUCAUUUCCAAGAGGAAAUGGGUCUUUGCCUGUUAUGAUAUGUAUGCACUUUUGCUUGAACUUUUGCCUUCCAGGAUAUGUUUAUGUUUAUCAUAAUAAAAAGCCACCAAAUUCAGCAUA